AUGCUUAAGAGCCUCAACGAUAGUUUAGAAAAGGUUAGGGACAUCAUUGGCCUAGAAAUGAGAAGAAAAGAGCAUUCUAGGGACAAAUUUAGAGACACAAGUUUCAACCAAGGCAAGGACAGCAACAAUGGGAUCAGACACACGGGAGCAUGUCCUACAAAGACUAGGACAUGUUAUGUUUGUGGAAAAAUGGGACAUCUUGUUAGUGCAUGCUCAAGUAAUCCCAAUCCUAUAGAGCAGAAGAAGGUACCAGCUAGGGUGUUUACCCUUACAAAAUCGAAUGCCGAGUCGAAUCCGUCAGUUGUGACAGCUGUGUGUUAUGCUGUAGCAGCCUCUGGCCGAGCUGAUGUCGGCACUAAAAAUGAGCCAGUUGUACUACCGUUACCCAAAUUUAAUCCUGAUCGACUCAUUCCUCCCAAACUAUUCGCUCUCAGGGUCUAUUUGGUAAUUUUUAAAAAGGUCUCCUCGACUGCUUCCUCUCGGCCGUCACUUCUCUACAUUGUCUCCUCUCUCUCUCUCGCGGCCGAGCCGCCUCCUUUUCAGGGUGUUAUUGCUUUGAAUGGUGGUUUCUUAGUUGAUUUUGUAAACCAAUAUUAUAGGAAGUUGAAAAUGAGUUUGAUUGGACAACUAAGGCGUUGUUUACCAUAUGGAUACUUUAGAAAGCCCAUUGAAGCUCCUGUGACUGUACCUUGUUUGAUUAACUUGCUUGGUGUAUCUAGAAACUUUGCUCAACCUGCAUUAAAACAGGAAGAAGAGGUGGAAGAAGUAGAGAUAGACCAAAGAAGACUUCCAGCUGAUUAUAAUCCCGAAACUUUUGAUCCCACAGAGCAUCGGAGUCCCCCGACCGAGAGGGUAUGGAGACUUGUUGAUGAAAUAUCUGGACUCACACUGGUUGAAGCUGCAGAGCUCUCUUCUAUUAUGAUGAAGAAGUUGGGCAUGAAAGAGCUGCCAGUCGUUGGGGUCAUGAAUCCAGGUGCUGCUAGAGUGGCUUCAGUGGCGAUGAAGGCAUCAACGACAGCCAAGGAAGAAAAGAAACCAGAGAAGACAGCUUUUGAGCUGAAGAUGGAGUCUUUUGACUCAGCUUCAAAACUCAAGGUAAUUAAGGAGAUUCGAAGUUUUACUGACUUUGGACUAAAGGAAGCGAAGGACUUAGUGGAGAAGGUGCCUGUUGUGCUUAAAAAGGGGGUGCCAAAAGAAGAGGCAGAAAAAAUUAUCGAGAAGAUGAAAGCAGUUGGGGCUGUUGUCGUUAUGGAAUGA